AACGUAUGGAACCCCAUUUUUUUAAGAGCGCGCCUUGUAAAAAUUGAUAGUGGAAGUAAACUAGGAGGUGUGUGAUUCUACCUAAUCCAAGCAAUUUUGCUCUAAUUUAUGUAGACAUAUAAACCCUCUUAUUUCAUACAAUUUAAUUAAUUCUUUAACUGAAGUUAUAUGAGAAUAAGGUUAGAAAGUACAGAGAAAUCCAUAGAUCAGUAUCACACACUCAUUGGUAUCUAUUAUUACUAGAUAAUCCUAGAGUCCUGUAAAAAAAAACAAAACUAGAUAAUCCUAGAGUAAGGCCUAAAAAUAAAGAAACAACAACCAAACAGAUUGCAAACAAUGCUUUUUUAGGAUUUUUUUUUGAAGUCCCCACGCCGUACAAACGGCAUUUAGUCCAAAACAGAAUAAUUGUAUAAAAAAAAAGUACUACUAUGUUAUUAAAAUGUGUGUUUUCCCGUUUGCGGUUAACAAAAAUUUGUAACAAAUACAUUCAUGUAAUGUAUGAUUGUAUAGAUGGAUAAAAGAAGAAAGAAAUUAACGUGAAAGGCAUAAAUUAAAUUUGUGGAUACAUGGACAAGGAAGCAAAACAGAUUGCAACAUGACCAUCCAUUAGUUUCUCCCCGAAGUUAGAUCUAUUCUUCAUAUGCUAUCUUAGUCUUCUCAAAUUAAGUUCCACCUCUCGUUGUCCAGAAAACAAGGAUCUUUAAUCGUUAUUUUCUCUUCAUUGUUGUCAAUGAGUCUAUUGUUCUCAUUUUUCCAAUCUCUAUUGCUACCCUGGCUUUCCCUUCAUUCACAUUUUGCAGGGCGCUUCUUUCUCAUUGCUGGCAAAAUGGCAAAUGCAGCGUCCGGAAUGGCUGUGCACGAUGAUUGCAAACUGAGGUUUCAAGAGCUUAAAUCAAAGAGGAGCUACAGGUUCAUUGUGUUCAAAAUUGAAGAACAGCAAGUGGUGGUUGAGAAAUUAGGGGAUCCCACGGAAAGUUAUGAGGACUUUAUGGCCAGUUUUCCAGCUAAUGAAUGUCGCUAUGCAGUCUAUGAUUUUGAUUUCACAACUGCUGAGAAUUGCCAAAAAAGCAAGAUCUUCUUCGUUGCAUGGUCACCAGAUACCUCAAAGGUGAGGAUGAAGAUGGUGUAUGCAAGUUCCAAGGAUAGAUUCAAGAGGGAAUUGGAUGGCAUUCAAGUCGAUAUGCAAGCAACUGAUCCAAGUGAGAUGAGCUUGGACCUUGUGAAAGCGCGAGCCAUCUAAGCCUCCUUUUUUUUUUAUUGUUAUCUCAGCUUUCCUUCUAUGUUAUGGAUUAAUUCAACUAUUUGGCAUCUUUGGCAGCCAUCUUUCUUUGCCUAUUGUAGCUUGGAUUCAACAAACGGCUAAUCCAAAAUGACAUGUAUAUGCAUCAUUCUUCCUUGUACUCGAUCAGUUUCCUAGAGAUCUUGGAUUCAUGGCCAGUUUGAAGGGCCAUGUGUAGUGGUGGGUUCAAGAUUAGUAGAAUUUAUUGUUAUAUAUAGGUUGUUCGGUUCUCUGCCAAGUUGCCUAUCUGACCACUUGGUUUUUCACUUCAUGAGGGUGGGAUUUGUGCAGUCGUAGCUACUGAAAGAAUGAUGACACUCAUAUAUGUCAAAUGCCUCUUCAUUUUUCUGUUCU